CCGGUGUUGGAGAAUGAACCGAGAUGUGAAGAGUAACGCAGCUCAUAUUUUCUUUUUGUUCAAGAAUUAGAAGUCCCUUAUUCUACACCACUGAAAAAGACCAAUGCUCUUAUUGCAAAAAUGGGGAUAACCUUUUCAAAUGCAUAUGUGCCCAGUGCAUUGUGCUGUCCCAGUAGAGCCAGCAUCUUGACGGGAAAAUACCCACAUAACCACCAUGUUGUCAAUAACACUUUGGAGGGAAAUUGCAGCAGCAAAUCCUGGCAGAAGAUUCAGGAACCAUAUACUUUUCCGGCUAUUCUCAAGUCUAUGUGUGGCUAUCAGACAUUCUUUGCUGGGAAAUAUUUGAAUGAGUAUGGCGCAGAAGAUGCGGGGGGCGUUGGUCACGUUCCUCCUGGAUGGAGUUUUUGGUAUGCAUUGGAAAAAAAUUCAAAGUAUUACAAUUACACACUUUCAGUAAAUGGUAAAGCACGGAGGCAUGGUGAGAACUACAGUGCUGAUUACCUGACGGAUGUGCUGGCUAAUAUGUCCUUGGAUUUUCUGGAAUAUAAAUCCAACUUUGAGCCGUUCUUCAUGAUGAUAGCAACUCCAGCACCACAUUCACCUUGGAUAGCUGCUCCUCAGUAUGAGAAGAGUUUCCAGAAUGUCAGUGCUCCAAGGAACAGUAAUUUCAAUAUUCAUGGAAAGGACAAGCAUUGGCUCAUCAGACAGGCAAAGACUCCAAUGACUAAUUCAUCGAUACAAUUUCUAGAUGAUGCUUUUAGGAAAAGAUGGCAGACACUUCUGUCUGUGGAUGACCUGAUAGAAAAACUGGUGAAAAGGCUGGAGUUUCAUGGAGAGCUGGAUAAUACAUACAUCUUUUACACAUCGGACAAUGGCUUUCAUACAGGUCAGUUUUCUUUGCCUAUUGACAAACGACAGCUCUACGAGUUUGACAUUAAAGUUCCAUUGCUAGUCAGAGGUCCAGGAAUCAAACCCAACCAGACAAACAAGAUGCUUGUGGCAAACAUUGAUUUGGGUCCUACUAUUUUAGAUAUUGCAGGCUAUGAUCUAAAUAAAACACAGAUGGAUGGGAUGUCAUUAUUGCCACUGCUGAAGGGAGACAGUAAUGUGACCUGGAGAUCAGAUGUCUUGGUGGAAUACCAAGGAGAAGGCCAUAACAGUAGUGAUCCUACCUGCCCUGCCCUUGGUCCUGGUGUCACUCAUUGCUUUCCAGAUUGUGUGUGUGAAGAUGCCUAUAACAACACAUAUGCAUGUGUAAGGACACUCUCAGCCCUGUGGGAUCUGCAAUACUGUGAAUUUGAUGACCGGGAGGUGUUUGUUGAAGUUUACAACUUGACUGCAGACCCCCAUCAGCUAACCAAUAUUGCAAAAACAAUAGACCAAGAAAUCUUAGAGAAGAUGAACUAUCGACUAAUGAUGAUGCAGUCCUGUUCCGGAGCAACUUGCCGUACACCAGGAGUCUUUGACCCAGGGUACAGAUUCAACCCACAUCUGAUGUUCAGCAACCAUGGAACUCAGACUCGCAGACUUUUUACACAUUCAUUGUAGCUGCAUCUUCUAGCCUGUUUGGUUACCCAUGUGUGUUUCUUCAAAGUGACUGCAUAAAAUCUGCCCAGUUGCAUUGACUACAUCUGAAAGACUUAAUCAGCUGGCUUGAUUUUUUCCAAACAUCCAGCUGAUUGCCUUGUGCAAUACAUGUGUGUUACAGACAUGAUCAAUCUAGCCUACUCAUAUCUGAUCACUACAUCAAUUUGAAAGUUACAUACCUGAAGUACAGUGUUAACUUGAUAUGAAUCUGAAUCUGUUGUUGGUGUAAAUGAGGAUGGAAAUCAUUAGCUGCUUAAAAGUGUACUACAUGGAGAAGUGUACAUAGAAGCUGAAAGGGGAAAGACUUGGCGAAGUUAUGCUGGACCUUUUAUGUAGCCAGAAGCUACAAACUGCCUCCUCAUAGCUAAAGCCAUUUACCUGAUAAACUUUUAAGAGGCUACAGUACGAUUCUUGGUUGUGCUUGUACUCGGAGUUUAGUAUAAUCAAAUUAGCCAAGGAAGUUUCCAUCCAUUUUCUUCUCAGCUUUCAGGGCUUAAUUGGAGUUGCUGAUUAGAACUUGUGUGCCUGUUAUAUUAUAUUUAUUUUAUAACCAGAAUCAAGUAAACCACUGAACAAGCAUUGUUCCCAAAGAUGCAUGACACCUCAGCACCCAGAUUUUCUCCUUUGUACAAUAUAAGCAAUUUAAGGAUGAUACAAAUGCAAGAACUUAGCACAGUUUAAUUGGGAAAUAUUCUCAAAACUCAAGUAGUAUCUACCAUCCUGACGUAGCAAUAUGUACUGGAAAGGGGUUUUAGUGCCUCAUCUCAAAAGUUGUUUUGGGAUCAAAAGUUAAUUAUUCCAGGUCUGCAUUAAGAGCCCUUCAUGCCAAAGGAUUGAAAGUCAUAUUUAAUUGGUAUCAAUGUUUGGGGAAACAGUAGCUUCUCAUUCUUGAUUAUCACAUGCCCAGUUAGACCUGUGAAAUAUGUUCUGACUUCGCCAGUAUUUAGAAAUUGAUAUUUUAAUGCUUUAGGCAAUUUUAAUAUCUGUAGAAAUUGAGCCAUUACAAUUAUCAGCUGUUACAUGUUUGACUACCAGACUUAUCAUUUUUUUUCAAACAAGGCUUUUUUUUUUUUUUUUUGCCACUUGUUCCAGUCAAGGGAGUGCUCAGUCAUAAAAGUACCUCUUUAGGUGACAAGCUUGUUUAAUUGUCUGCACUCAAAAGGCAUAUCCUUAAUACAAAAACAGUAGGAUACCAGAUAAUGCUCAACUACAAAAGGCAGGUGUAUCAUUGUUUAUCAAGAGUGCAUGUGCCAUUUCAAAAACAGCUUUUCCCUUCAAAAUACCAGCUAGCAGGGGCCAAAUCUUAUCUGGAAAUGCCAUUUUGGAAAAUGCAUGCAUCUUUCAUACAUGUAUGUGUGUUGGUAUCUGUAGCCCAAGUAAAAGGAAGAAAAGGCCUUCAAGUAUCUCAUAAUUGCCAGUGGUAGAAAUGCAUCUUUCAACAUUUAUUCCUGUAGAUAUGUAAGCUUGUCAGCCUGGAGAGUAGCUAAUCUGAUACGAAUUGUUUCCCUUAACAAGCAAAAGUUGGUAGAACCUAGUAUUCUUAUAAACUUCAGCAGUCUCAUCCCCAUGGCAGGUACUUGGUAUAAGGCUGUUCUGAGCCAGGAAUUUCAUUUUGCAAAUAAGGAUAAUAGACAUCUUUGACAAUUGUUUCAGAGAAACAGUAGAUGCCAGCAGAAUGGCAUGGAAGCCAUUCCCUUGGAAUUCCCAAACUUGAAGGCUUUUUCUUUGCUUUCUUUCUGUAUGAGUGCAGGAUUGACCAUUUGACCAAGGCCUUAGAGUGAGACUCUGGUCUAAGUCAUUCACUGUAGUUCCUGCAUGCUAUAUUUCCCCUGUCUUUAUGAUUGAUUGUAACCCAAGAGUUUUCAGACUACUUCAUUCUGUAUCUUAUAGCCAGUUGUCCCAAACAGUGAUCUUCCAUUCCUGUACCUUUCUAUAGGUUUCCAAACUGUUAUGUUUCUAGUUUUUAGGAUGCAAGACUUCAAAACAUUGAUUAGUAAGGAAAGAAAAACCUAUCUCCAUACUACUGUUAUUAAUGCUAUGUUUUGCUUGCCAUAGUCUUAUUGGAUGGAGGUAGCACUUGUCAUCUCCUCACCAUUUAGUAUGUUCCAAAAAGUUUGAAAUUAGUUUUGGUGUAUUUUUAGUAGCCCCAGCAGUGAGUGACUCAACCACUUUAACAUGUUAAAAGUAACUUGUUCUUCUAAUACAUAAAAUGCUAUACAUGUAACCUUAGAUAAACAUUAAGAUUUUAUUGUAUAUUUGGUUAGGUUAAAGAUCCAAUCUGUAUGUUUCCUUAAUCAGUUCUCAUGAAAUGGAAGCUAAUCAUGUAAAACUGGUGCAAAAAAACUUAAAUCAAAGAAAGUGCAAGCUGGAUAUGCUUAAUACUUUUUUCUUUCUAUAGCCAAUCUAAUUGAGUGUUAGCUGAAAUUCAAUGAUUCUUGCAAAUAGCUUACACGCUUGUCAUCUUGGGAGUUCGUAGGAUCUAGGACUUAAGGUUUUUUAUAUUGAUUGGUGGUUCUUGCAUUUUAAAGCAGUGAACUAGUGUUUGGACAUAUUUUAACUGUUCUAGGACACAAACAUAUGUAAAGUGUGAAAAUACCAACUGUAUGAAAUAUCAAAGUUUGCUAUUGGAAUUAAGCAGUACACUUCCCCCUACAGUCACUUUUCUACAAUGAUGAACAUUAGAAAUGGUGGCAGUCUGUACUAGAUAGUCUGAUUUGUUUGUAGUCCGUCUUGCACUUUACCACUAAGGAGCUAUCCAGCUGUUGGAUACCAACAGAGGCCUUACAGAAUGUUAGUCUUAAAUAAAACGUGACUUUAAAUCACUUAAGCAUUAAACUGAGAGCUGCUUGGCAGUGAUGCUGUAACAGACCAGGUAGCAGGGAAGUCCAUCUGUACUGCAAACUGCUGUGCACAACACUCCAUGUGGAAGAGCUGCCAUGCAUCAUAAUAAAUAGCCCCAAGCUGGCUCAAGCAUUCUGCACAAGUUCUUGGUCAGAGCACUUGACAGAAGCAAAAUCAUACUAGAUAACCAAUACAUGACCAAUAUAACUGAUCUGGACGUGAUGUCCUGGGCACAACUAACACUUUUCAGAACUAAAUUCCCCACCCCCAAUAUAGCUUUAUCAUAUCAGAUGCUUGUUCUCAAGAUCAUUCAGUUGAUGCAAAAGCCAGUUGUUAAAAGGCAAAUUGUCCUGAUAGUUCAUCAAUGGAAAUCUGCAAUCAUGCUAUAUAUGAAUAAACAAUUAUUGCACCUGUUUUUUCCAGUGCUUGUGGCAGUUGCCUUGUACCUGGAUCCCACCACCCCAUCAAUACAAAAAGCAAUUUUGUUUUGUAAUUCUGCUUGAUGCUAUGACACUGGUUAAACUUCUUUGGCGUAACACUAUUUCUGUUCCUAAUGUGGACUCUUAAUGCAGUAUUAGAACUGUGUGUCAUUUUUCUUCAUGGAUCAUAGUAUUUUGUUUAGAAAGUGCCCUUUGAAGGACCCUGUAUAUUGCUGCACUUUUCAGUAAACUUAUGUCUACAACAGAUGUGUGUAUGUGAAUUAAAACUGAAGGCAAAACUUGCA